AUGUCCGCAGUCCUCCCGGCUACCAAGGGCGUGGCGCCAGUACUCCCAUACUGUACACAAAUUUUGGGAGACUUGGGCGCUGAGGUGAUCAAAGUCGAACAUCCCGUCCGCGGUGACGACACCCGAGCAUGGGGCCCGCCCUACGCGACAUACAAAGCCGGCUCAUCUAAAGAAGGACCCGGCGAAUCAGCCUACUUCCUCGCACCACACAAGGUGAACCGCAACAAGAAAUCACUAGGCCUCAACUUCCAACACCCAUCCGGCACAGAGAUCCUCCACAAGCUCGUCUCGCAAUGCGACAUCCUCGUAGAGAACUACCUCCCCGGCACCCUCAAAAAGUAUAAAAUGGACUACGACACCCUCCGCGCCAUCAACCCGGGCCUCAUCUACGCCUCCAUCACGGGCUACGGCCAAACGGGGCCCUACUCGGACCGCGCGGGCUACGACGUCAUGGUCGAGGCCGAGUUCGGGCUGAUGCACAUCACCGGCAGCCGCGACGGGGAACCUGUCAAGGUAGGCGUCGCGGUGACGGAUCUCACGACGGGGUUGUAUACGAGUAACAGCAUCAUGGCGGCGCUGCUUGCGAGGGGACGGACGGGGAGGGGGCAGCAUAUUGAUGUGGCGCUGAGUGAUUGCCAGACGGCGACGUUGGCGAAUAUUGCGAGUAGUUGUUUGAUUAGCGGGAAGAAGGACUCUGGGCGGUGGGGUACCGCGCACCCCUCCAUCGUGCCGUAUAAAUCCUUCAAGACAAAAGACGGCGACAUUCUCUUCGGCGGCGGUAACGACCGCCUCUACGGCAUCCUCUGCCAGGGCCUAAACAAACCAGAAUGGCAGCACGACGCAAAAUACGCCACAAACGCCAACCGCGUCGCUAACCGCGUCGAGCUCGAGGGGCUCAUCGAGCAAGUCACCGUCACCAAGACAACGGCGGAGUGGUUACGCGUGUUCGAGGGCAAGGGGAUGCCGUACGCGGCGGUGAAUGACGUGCAGGGCACGCUGGAGCACGAGCAUACGAAAGCGAGGAACAUGGUUGUCGAGAUGGAGCACGAGGAGUGCGGGCCGAUUCGGAUGGUGAAUACGCCGGUCAAGUAUUCUGAGAGCGAGCCGAGUGUGAGGAGUGUGCCGCCGACGUUGGGGCAGCAUACUGAUGAGGUUUUGGGGGGGCAUCUUGGGUUUUCCGAGGAGAGGAUUCGGGCUUUGAAGGGGGAGGGUGUUGUUGGUUGA